AAUGGGCGUGCCAUUGCCCGUCCGCUCUUCAGCAGCCGGCCGGGGGCGGUGGAAAAGCGAGUGAGGAGAGUGCGACGGCGGCGGCGGCGGCGGCGGCGGCGCAGCCAUCGCUGGACGGCCCAGGGUAGAGCGAGGCCCGAGCUUCUGUGUCGAGAGUCAAAAUGGUUUCCAUCCCAGAAUACUACGAAGGCAAGAAUGUUCUCCUCACAGGAGCUACUGGUUUCCUAGGAAAGGUGCUUUUGGAAAAAUUGCUGAGGUCUUGUCCUAAGGUGAAUUCAGUGUAUGUUUUGGUGAGGCAGAAAGCUGGACAGACACCACAAGAGCGAGUGGAAGAAGUCCUUAGUGGCAAGCUCUUUGACAGAUUGAGAGAUGAAAAUCCAGAUUUUAGAGAGAAAAUUAUAGCAAUCAACAGCGAACUCACCCAACCUAAACUGGCGCUUAGUGAAGAAGAUAAAGAGGUCAUCAUAGAUUCUGUCAAUAUUAUAUUUCACUGUGCAGCUACAGUAAGGUUUAAUGAAAAUUUGCGAGAUGCCGUUCAGUUAAAUGUGAUUGCUACACGACAGCUUAUUCUCCUUGCACAACAAAUGAAGAAUCUGGAAGUGUUCAUGCAUGUAUCAACAGCAUAUGCCUACUGCAAUCGAAAGCAUAUUGAUGAAGUAGUCUAUCCACCCCCUGUGGAUCCUAAGAAGCUGAUUGAUUCUUUAGAGUGGAUGGAUGAUGGCUUAGUAAAUGAUAUUACGCCAAAAUUGAUAGGAGACAGACCUAAUACGUACAUAUACACAAAGGCAUUGGCAGAGUAUGUUGUACAGCAAGAAGGAGCAAAGCUAAAUGUGGCGAUUGUAAGGCCAUCAAUUGUUGGUGCCAGUUGGAAAGAGCCUUUUCCAGGAUGGAUUGAUAACUUUAAUGGACCAAGUGGUCUCUUUAUUGCGGCAGGGAAAGGAAUUCUUCGAACAAUGCGUGCCUCCAACAAUGCCCUUGCAGAUCUUGUUCCUGUAGAUGUAGUUGUCAACACGAGUCUUGCGGCAGCCUGGUAUUCCGGAGUUAAUAGACCAAGAAACAUCAUGGUGUAUAAUUGCACAACAGGAAGCACUAAUCCUUUCCACUGGGGUGAAGUUGAAUACCAUGUAAUUUCCACUUUCAAGAGGAAUCCUCUCGAACAGGCCUUCAGACGGCCCAAUGUAAAUCUAACCUCCAAUCACCUUGUAUAUCAUUACUGGAUUGCUGUAAGCCAUAAGGCCCCAGCAUUCCUGUAUGAUAUCUACCUCAGGAUGACUGGAAGAAGCCCAAGGAUGAUGAAAACAAUAACUCGUCUUCACAAAGCUAUGGUGUUUCUUGAAUAUUUCACAAGUAAUUCUUGGGUUUGGAAUACUGACAAUGUCAAUAUGUUAAUGAAUCAACUAAACCCUGAAGAUAAAAAGACCUUCAAUAUCGAUGUACGGCAGUUACAUUGGGCAGAAUAUAUAGAAAACUACUGUAUGGGAACCAAGAAAUAUGUAUUGAAUGAAGAAAUGUCUGGCCUCCCAGCAGCUAGAAAACAUCUGAACAAGUUGCGGAACAUACGUUAUGGUUUUAAUACUAUCCUUGUGAUCCUCAUCUGGCGCAUUUUUAUUGCAAGAUCACAAAUGGCAAGAAACAUCUGGUACUUUGUGGUUAGUCUGUGUUACAAGUUUCUGUCAUACUUCAGAGCAUCCAGCACCAUGAGAUACUGAAGACCAAGAAUUUAGCAUUAGAACAUCUAUGCAUAUGGUGGUCUAAAUGCACAAAAUGUAAAAUGUACUUAAGUCAUCUCACCUUUUGUCAAGACAUUAAACCAUCUUAGAUC